AUGCGAACUCACGGCGAGUGUCCCGUCUGUCGGAAACCCAUACAACAAAUGAGACACAACUUCAGGUCCAAAGAGAAGUACGAAUCGAUUCCACUCAGCAAUGACUUGUCUAAUAAGACCUCCGGUUCCCAAAGCAUAUGGCGUCCACACCGAGUCUCUGUCGACGGCCAUCCCAUUCCUACCACUCCUUCAGCCUCGUCUCAGAGCUCCAGUGAUAGCCAACACAAACAUACAGUUUCUGAUGAUAAGACUACUAAGGGAUCGGAGGCGGGAAUUAGUGGUUCAGGACAGACAUCUACUGCUAAUGCGUCUGAAUCGGGAACAUCUCAUAGCAGUGGCUCCGGCAGUGAAAGUUCAGACACAGCAUCGGUGGACAGCAUUCAGAAUACCGGCGAAGAAUGCGAAUCCGACGGCUGUUCCGAAGGGAACGACGCCUCAGACGACUCCGAAGACAGAGAGAAGAGACCCGAGAGAGGUAUGAGAGGAGAAGACAGAGGGAAAAGGAGCGAAGGGGUAGAACUCGAUCCCGAAGCAGAAGAGGCACCGGUAGACCACACACCAGAAGUUCAAGUCGUAGGUCUCGUCGCAGAUAAGCAACUCUUUGUCCUAAAGAUUAAAAUCGACUCACGAAUGGAUUUAUCAAAGGACUCAAUGAGUGAUUGGUCGGAUACUAAAUUAAAAAGAGGGAUGAAUCUGGGAAGAAAGGUCGAUCCAAGGAACUGUGCAUCGUUGGUUGGAUUUAACGGCGAAACCAAACGAUUUCGAGAAGAUUUUUGGAAGAAUGAGUUUCAGCCGAUGCUAAAGUGGAUUAAAUCAGAUAAAGGAAGAAAAUAUUUGACGUCUUUGACUGAGGAAUGGCACGACUAUUAAGUGUUUUAUCAUUUAAUAUGCUUUUGAAUUAUUUAUAUAUUUAAUAACAGAACAAAAUAAUCAUAAGUUAUAAUAUGUUGAAAGCCAAACAAAAUCUAAAUCUAAGAAAAUAAAUAAAUAAAAUGUG